CUCGAGCUUGGUACUUUUGUACUUUGUACUUUUGGUGUGAGCAGGCGUAUACGAACCACCACCAGCGAAUAUGACUUCGACAAAACCAGCCCCCGCCUCCCUGUUCCAGGUGUACCUUCGCCUGCGACCUCCUAUGUCACAGCAUGAAGAAGAACAGGCUGAGCGUUGCUUGACCAUCGAAUCUCCAGAUGAGAAUUAUCCCACAGAGCAUCUUCAUGAGCAUUCGCCCACAAAUAUCACUCUGCAUCCCCCCACUGACUCCAGGAAGCGUGCCGUUGAGAAAUUCGGCUUCACAAAAGUGUUUGACGAGUCCGCUUCGCAGCUGGGCGUCUUCGAGGGUACCGGACUAGAGAGUCUGAUAAAGGGCGUCUUGGCAGAAGGACGCGAUGGCCUCGUCGCAACAUUAGGCGUCACAGGUAGUGGAAAGAGUCAUACCAUUCUCGGCUCCAAGACACAGCGAGGUAUCACCCAGAUGAGCCUGGAUGUGAUCUUCCGCUCCCUCGCGUCGACAAUCAGACCCCUCGACAACUUUAUCAGCCCGCUCCUCUUAUCCUCCGUCGCUGCAGCCGAUGCCUCCGAAGCCCAGAUCUUCAGCGCGCAAACGUUCCUCGAGGCUGUGUAUGGCGAGCCGCUCGAUCGUGCAAGGAGUCCCAGAACCCAGACUCCGAUGAGUGCCGGAAGAGCCCAGACUCCCAUGGUGGAUCCCAUGCCAGCGCUCAUUUUCCCCCGUCGUCAAAUGCCCGUACGGGCUAUUGCCCUUCCCCGCUCGCCCGAUGUGAGUCAUCUCACGGUGGAACUGAACCCGCACUCGGAAUACGUUGUUCUCGUAUCAAUGUACGAAGUGUAUAAUGACCGCAUCUUUGACCUUCUUUCACCGGCCAUCGUCCCUGGUCAGGGAAGCACAAUGACCCGCCCGGGAGGAGGGGUGAAAGACCGCCGCAGGCCGCUGUUCUUCAAAUCGACGGAGGCAUCGCCUGAUCGUAAGGUCGUUGCAGGACUGCGCAAGAUUGCAUGCAGCACUUACGAAGAAGCUUUGUCGAUUCUAGAGAUUGGACUUACUGAGCGCAAGGUCGCAGGCACAGGAGCGAACAGCGUCAGUUCUCGGAGUCACGGGUUUUUCUGUCUUGAGGUCAAGAGAAGAAUGCGCAACAAAAGGACCGGCGAGGAGACAUGGAUGGGCAACACACUCACAGUGGCAGAUCUAGCGGGAUCUGAGCGCGCAAGAACCGCGAAGACGGCGGGGUCGACUCUUGCAGAGGCUGGAAAGAUUAACGAAAGCUUGAUGUAUCUCGGGCAAUGUCUACAGAUGCAAAGCGAUAUGCAGGAAGGCAACAAGGCUACGAUGGUCCCAUUCAGACAGUGCAAGCUCACGGAGCUACUCUUCUCCAACUCUUUUCCGUCGCCCAGCCAGGCGUUUGGCCAAUUCCGCCACCCGCAGAAAGCCAUCAUGAUUGUGACAGCCAACCCUUGGGGAGACUACAAUGCGACUUCGCAGAUCCUGCGCUACUCGGCUUUGGCCCGCGAGGUUGCCGUGCCCCGAGCUCCUUCGGCCACGGAAUCCAUCUUAUCCAGCACCUUAGGCUCACGUCAUGGGUCUACUGGGGGACGCGAUUCGACGGACGCUGUCGCUGCCGAAGAAUUGGAGAAGGCAGCUGCUGAGAUUGAGCGACUUAGAGCCGAAAAUGAGAACCUCUCGGUGAGGCUCGCGGAAGAGGAGAUUAUGAGGACAGACUUGACCAUGCGACUCAAGGCAAGCGAAGAAAUGUGCCUCACCAUCGAACAAGAGGUGCGUGAAGAAUGUUGGAACGAGAUGGACGAGAGGAUGGAAGAAGAGAGACGCCGAUGGCAGAACGCUUGGGAUGAGCAGACGGGGCAUAAUGAGGAACAUUUGGAUAAGAAGCUUGAGCUGUUUUCCCGUGGCUUCCAAAUCUAUGAAGAUCCCAGCAUCGCUACAAACGAGCGCAUGGAAGAACUCGAAUUUGAAAACGACCAGCUGCGCAAGAAGAUCGCCGCGCUGGAACGGGAGCUCACCUGCCGCUCGCCCACCAAGAAAACCAGAGCCAAGCCCCCCACUACCACAGCGCUCGAACCCUCCCAGAAUUUCAAUAUCCUGGGUCGCGAAAGCGACAUUGAGAAUGCCCUCAAGCGCAUGGACCAGCUGAAGCUGGCGGAAAGUAUGUUCUCUCCAGCUGCACAGCCUCCCUCGUCCCCGGGCAAGAAACAUCGGAAGAUGGCUACCCGAAAAUGGGAUCUGGCACCUGAGGAGGAUAUUUACUAAGCCUUGCUUUUCAUUUGUUCCAAUUUGAGAAGAUUGUAAUCCCCCCCUUGUAUGUAUACUCUCAUGGUCUGAUUUGAUUGCCUGCUUUUCGGUGCCUUGGUGAGGUUUGCUCUUUUGUUUAUUUGUGUACGAGUUAGGUCGUUUUUCCCGGCUUGUGGGUUUAUGAUAUCCGUCUGAGAUGUUGGCGUUUACUGGGACUUUGACCAGAAGAUUAUGUGAAUAAUAAUAUCGC